AUGGAGUCGUAUCGGAGGGAGUCGAUGACAAGACUCAGGAGAAACAGCAAGACUCUCCUUCAGGAUCUUCUCUAUAAAGGACUCCACGGAGGAGACAGAGACACUCCUAUCCCAGCUCAGCCUGGCAGAGAUUCUAAAAUGAUCCAUUCGAUUGCCAGUCUGAUCAGAGGCAAGAGCAAACUGCUCCUGCUUGAGAGUCCUGAUACCGUCGAGAUCUACAAGCUGAACGAACCAACAACUCGUUCUACAAGAGCAAGUAAAGAUGACGUUUAUCUGCCGGCAAUCACCACAAAGGCUUCAAGUCUGAACUCUAUUAGAGGGUCACUGAGUCAGUCCUGUCCUUACCUGUAUGACAAAAGAAGAGGCUCCAUCUCGUCACUUGCCUCUCAGAGAACUGGAGGUCACCUGAAAAAACAGAAUAACCUCAAGGCUCAAAGAGAAGCAAAGAAAUCCAACGUCACUGUAACAAUGACCUACCUAGGACAAGGUCACAAGGGGUCAGGGUUGGAGUCCAGUCGGGAUGAACUGAAGGUACUUCAGCAAGUCAACGGAGGGGAGAAUCUCUGCGUCUACAAGGGCCUCGUGGCUCCAGGAGAUCAGUUCCAGUUCGUCUCUCAGAGACACAGAGGUUACCCCUUCAGUGCUACCUUGUAUGUAAAUGGCAUGAUGGUGGGAAGGAUCAGUUCCUGCUGUGAGUACCGCUACACUCCUGGCUUCCAGCAGGGCAGGAAGAGCUGCUUCAGACUAAUGUGGCAGACUGGUGGGACUCCUUGCUACAGAUGUACAAGUCUCCGGAACAAAUACAGCUCCAGCCAGCAGCUGGACAACAGUACAAAGAAGAACUUCAUUCUCCCUCUAGGACUGAGUGCUGGCAACGGCACCGUUGAGUCAUGUCCAUCAUCUCCUCUGUUCAUCCCAGCCAAACCAAAGAAGAAAUCAGUGAGGAGGCCAAGGAGACACGCCAGAGAAGGUGGUGGGGGAUCGACAGACAGUGAAGGACAUGCCACGGCGAAGGUUAAGGAGACCUCCAAGAAGAGACGACGCAAAAGUCAAAACAGUCACACGGAAACUAAAAGCAAGACGGAUGGAAACAAAAGAGGGGAAGACGGACAGAGACGUAAAGGAGCAGAUGUCGCACAGAAGUCAAUGACAACAGAACAAAGUGAUGAUGAAGCAUCGUCUGUCAGAGAAGAGCUGAAGAAGCAGGAAAGGCCCAGAAAUGUCACUGCGCCACAGAAAGAGCAGCUAAAACUGAACAAGGGCAAAGUUCUCGAUUCAUUGCAGGUUGAGGAAGCAAGGACUAAGCAGAUGAGACAGAGGGAACAAAGACCAAAUGGGAAAAACAGAGAUGGGGAAAGACUGAGGGACUUCAAUGGAGAAGCGAGUGAGGCGAUGGAGCGUGGCCCAGACAAACACAAGUGUUUCAAGGCAAACACCCCCAAAGCUCCAGGCUCUGAUGUCGAGCUCAGUUCAGAAAGUGACUCCAUCCUGCAGGCGGAUGGAGAGCCAGAGGGAGGAGAGAACGUGAGCAGCCAGAGCACCAGUAAUGUAAAGCCUGACCAAGAACAAGAACUGCAGGCACAGCUCGACGCCAUGAUGAUGGUGCUCAGCACAUCUGAUGAGGUGGAGCAGUUGGUCUUGAGGAACACAGACCUGACGGACGACCUUCUGCUGGACCUGGCAGUGGCCCUGAAGAACAGCUCAUCCGAGGUCACGCUGCUCAACCUCAACCUCAACCUCAUCGGCCCGUAUGGUGCUCACAUCCUACUGGACGUCCUCAGGGUGAAGCCUCAGGUUAAAGGCUUACACUUGUUUGGAAAUAGACUGCGAGACCAUGGAGUGCUGACCUUGUUGAAUGGAAUAGCUGAGCUGCAGGAGCAAACGCUGAACACUGCUGCUGCCAUACAACAGGCAAUGCUUUUCCCAUCAGAGCGAAAUAUACUUCAGCAGGUCCCCGCCGAGUGGAGCUCUUUCCAGGUUUUUGCACUUUUAGAAUUGGAUAUUGGGGGAAAUGGCUUAGGCAGUGAAGCAAUAAAGGUUUUAGCAUCAUAUAUGAGGCACCACUCGUAUCUUCAGUAUUUGGGCCUGGCUCAGACCAGCGCCGCUGAUCUGGCGGCGUGGAAGGAACUUUUCGACAGCUUAAAGCUCAACAACUCACUGAGUCAGAUCAUCCUGGACGAGAACAACCUGGGAGACCCCGGGGUCAGGCUGCUGGCCGACAUGCUGAAAGAGAACACGAGUCUGACGCAGGUGGAUCUGGACAGGAAUGGCAUCAGCGAUGUGGGAGGAAACGACAUCAUGGGGGCGCUGCUGUGCAGGGCACAGCUUCCCCUGAGGCAUCUGAGCCUCCAGGAAAACAACAUCAGCGCAGGGCUAAUGAGCAGAAUACAAGAGGAGGUAAAAAUAUAAAUGAAUUCUGCAGGCGUGGACAAAUGCACUUUGAAGGGUGGUUGUAUUAGAUGGUUCCACAGAGUCAGCGCUGACGUCACUGUUCUACACCCUUAGAACUCGGAGCAUUUUGGCUGCUUUUUUCAUUAAUAUGUUUAAACGUACAGUAUAUACAGAAGGCUAAUUAUA